AUGUCAUCGACAGCAGGAGAGGCUGAGAAGGCCGUCAACACAACACCCGCACAAAACGGUUCUGCAGACAAGGCAGCAGCCGCACCCAAGAAGGACAAGACACAAAAGCCAGAGGCCGGCAAGAAGGACGAAGCUACAGCAGAUGGAGACAAUAAGAAAAUAUCUGGCGCAGAGCUGAAGAAACAGAAGCAGGCAGAGAAGGCGGCGCGACGUGAAAAGGAAAAGGCCGAUCGUAUGGCUCAGCUCGGGCAAUCAGCAGCUACACCACAAACGCCAGCAAAGGGAGCAAAAGGUGGAGAUGCAAAGAAGGGCGCUGAGGCUGCACAGAAGGGUGGCCCUGCUCAGGGUCAGGCACAGCACAAGAAGGGUCAAUCUCAGGGUGGAAACCUGCCUCUGCGCGGUAAACCUGGUCCGGGAGGAGUCAUCCCCAUGACUCAACAGCAGCAACCACAGAGAAAGACAAAAGAGGUUGGUCUGUUCGGCCAUCUCUACACUUCGGCUCCCAAGCGAAACACCAUGGAGGGUGUGAGCAAGGAAGUACACCCUGCCGUGCUGGCAUUGGGUCUGCAGAUGAGCUCUUUCACCGUCUGUGGCAGCAAUGCACGAUGUGUCGCUAUGCUGCUUGCAUUCAAAAAGGCCAUCGAAGAUUACCAAACACCACACAACACCUCUCUUGCACGCCAUCUCACCUCGCAUUACCUCUCUCCCCAAAUCGACUACCUCAAAUCACACCGUCCCAUCUCUGUUUCCAUGGGCAAUGCCAUUCGUUGGCUGAAAGACCUCAUCAUUAAGAUCGACCCGGACACACCAGAAGCUGCCGCCAAAGAAGACAUCUGCACUGCCAUCGACACCUUCAUCCGCGAACGCAUCACAGUUGCCGACACUGCCAUUGCCGCAACCGCCUGUGCAAAGAUUCGUAACAACACAACCAUCGUCACAUAUGCAAAGUCAUCAAUCGUCGAAAAGACGUUGCUUCGCGCCUGGGAAUCUGGCACUCGCUUCAAGGUCAUUGUUGUCGACUCGCGUCCUCUGUUUGAGGGCAGAAACCUGGUUCGAAGACUCGCAAAUGCUGGCAUUCCUGUGACCUACCUCAUGGCCGCCGCCGCUGCCCAUGCCCUCAAGGAUGCUGACCUAGUCUUGCUGGGCGCUCACGCCAUGAUGGCAAACGGACGUCUGUACUCGCGUAUCGGCACAGCUUCUGUAGCUAUGUUGGCCCACUUCCGCGAUAUCCCUGUCAUUGUGCUAUGUGAGAGCAUCAAGUUCACCGACCGUGUUGCCCUGGACAGUAUUGUGCUCAACGAAGUCGCACCUGCCGAACAACUGAUUCCUGCCUCGAAGUCUCUUCCUACUCCGCCCGCAGCCACCGAUGCGAAGAAGGAUGACAAAGAUGAGGAAGCUAAGCUGGAGAAUUGGCGCGACAUGCCGAAUUUGCAGCUGCUGAAUAUCCUGUACGACGUCACACCUGCCGAGUACGUCAACAUGGUCAUUACCGAGUACGGAUCAUUGCCGCCUAGUUCAGUGCCUGUCGUGCAUCGCAUCAGUACAGAGAGAGACGUGAGGCUGUAA